CACUGGAAAACUUCUUUAAACCCUUGCCGCAACUUCGCUGCGGAAACACAGUAGGGUUUUGCAGGAGUGGAAAACUCGUCUUCCGAUGAGUUUCUAGGGUUUCACUAGCUAGCUGGUUGCAUAAGAUCGUCUCAGUAGCUAUGGGAGGAUCACGAGUUCAAGUCAAUAAAGCUCACAAGACCCGUUUCUCAUCGAAAUCGUCUCGUAACCUUCACAAAACAUCUCUGAAAGACAAGAGUAGGAUUGCGAAAUCGGAGCGCAAUGUCGCCAAGGGAGCUCGAGCUGUUCGAAUUCAGCGUAACAAGAUGUUGCGGGAGCAGAAACGGGCCGCGCUUUUGAAAGAGAAAAGGGCUUCUAGUGGAUCAUCAAGUCCUCCCCUUGUAAUAGUUCUGUUUGGCCUUUCUGCCUCCGUAAACCUAGAUUCACUUGCUGAAGAUCUUCUGAAAUUAUUAUCUCCUGAAGGCGGUGGAGCUGUGUCUUCAACAGUUGCAUCCUUUGAGUACAAAUUGAGAGCAACUGUAUUGAAAGCACCACAUGGGGAUUUGUUAUCUUGUAUGGAAAUGGCUAAGGUUGCUGAUCUGAUUGCUUUUGUGGCAUCAGCCAGUGAAGAAAGUGAUUCUGACUACAUUGAUUCAUUUGGAAGUCAAUGCUUGUCUGUGUUUAGGUCUCUUGGUUUGCCAAGCACUGUUGUCUUCAUUCGUGAUCUACCUAUUGAGCUGAAAAGAAGAAAUGACUCAAAGAAGAUGUGCACUUCCAGACUUGCUAGUGAAUUUCCCGAGGAUUGCAAGUUCUAUCCAGCAGAUACAAAAGAUGAGUUGCACAAGUUCUUGUGGCUAUUUAAGGAGCAAAGGCUAACAUUGCCUCACUGGAGAAAUCAACGGCCUUACCUCAUGUCCCAAAAGGUUGAUAUGGUAGCAGAUGAUGUGAAUUCAGUAAAAUGUACCCUUAUCCUCACUGGUUAUGUUCAUGGCCGGAGCCUCUCAGUGAAUCAGCUGGUUCACGUUUCUGGUGCGGGGGAUUUUCAACUGCAUAAGAUAGAAAUUUUAAAGGAUCCAUUUCCUUUGAAUCCAAGAAAAGAACCAGAUGCAAUGGAUUCGGAUGAUUUGCUUGAUGUGGAGGUUGUUCGUUCUGUGCAUCCUGAUUCUUUGACUCAGGAGCCCUUGCUUGUAGAGAAUGUUCCGGAUCCUCUUGCAGGAGAACAGACAUGGCCAACAGAGGCAGAGAUGGCUGAGGCUGAUAAAAAUCAGAAACAAAGAAGGCCAAAAAAGAGGACUCUUCCUCGAGGUACUUCAGAGUACCAGGCUGCUUGGAUUGUGGAUGAUACUGAUGAGGAAGAUUCAGAUAGUUUCAGUGCUGAUGAUGGUAUGGUACUGGAUGAAACUGAAAGUUAUGGGCCAGGUGCAGAGGGCAUUGAUGACUCUGAACUUGAUGAUGAUCAAGCUACCUUAGAUCUCAGAAAUUCUGAUGAAGAGACUGAAAAUGAUUCUGUGAUGAUGGAAGGCGAAAACUUAACAAGAGAACAGAUAGAGGAUGAGAUUAAAAAAAUUAAAGAAGCACAUGCUGAAGAUGAGGAAUUUCCUGAUGAAGUGGAAACUCCAUUGGAUAUUCCUGCUAGAAAGCGUUUCGCCAAGUAUAGAGGUCUCAAGUCUUUUAGGACUUCUUCAUGGGACCCCAAAGAGUCUCUACCUCUAGAAUAUGGCAGAAUUUUUGCAUUUGAUAAUUUUGCAAAAACGCAAAAACACGUUUUUGCAAAGGCAUUAGAAAUGGACCAAGACAACAGGGAUGACUGCAUACGAGCAGGCCAGUACGCAAGACUUCACAUUAAGGAAUUACCUACUGCUGUUGCUUCCAAAUUAUGUGUACAUGCAAAUACGGUGCCUAUAAUUGCAUGUGGCCUCUUGCAGCAUGAGUCUAAGAUGUCUGUUCUUCAUUUUAGCAUUAAAAAGAAUGACUCGUAUGAUGCCCCUAUCAAAGCCAAAGAAGAAUUAGUAUUUCAUGUUGGUUUUCGGCAAUUUGUUGCAAGGCCAAUAUUUUCCACUGACAACAUUAAUUCAGACAAGCACAAGAUGGAGAGGUUCCUUCAUGCUGGCCGGUUCUCCAUGGCAUCAAUUUAUGCUCCAAUUUGUUUUCCUUCUCUUCCUUUGAUAGUCCUGAAGCAUUCAGAAGGAGGUGCUGCCCCCACUGUUGCUGCUGUUGGUUCCUUGAGAAGCAUUGAUCCUGACAGGAUAAUACUGAAGAAGAUUAUAUUAACUGGUUACCCCCAACGAGUGUCAAAAUUGAAGGCCUCAGUGCGAUAUAUGUUCCAUAACCCAGAGGAUGUAAGAUGGUUCAAGCCUGUAGAAGUGUGGACGAAAUGUGGUUGUCGUGGUCGCAUUAAGGAACCUGUUGGUACACAUGGAGUUACUCAAGCAUUAAUCUUUCUGCAUUCUAUUCAGGGGCGUUGAAGUGCGUCUUUAAUGGAGUUCUUCAACAGCACGAUACUGUUUGCAUGAGCCUGUACAAACGGGCAUAUCCCAAGUGGCCAGAACAUUGGUUCCCUAUUCUUGAUGUCUGAUCAGACAGCAGCUGGUCCUCCAUCUUUUAUUGAUUCUGAAAGACACAAGAUAACCUUGGUUAUUUGUGGGAAUGAAGCUUUGGUUCAGAUAGUCGAUUCCAGUUUCCUUUUUACUAGGAUGUUAGAAACAUUAGAGUUCUGUGGAUUAGUUGUACCUUCCCUAUUGUAGUUCUGCCAUUUUUUUCCCUUUCCCUUUUUCUCUUCAACACAGGAAAAUAUUUUUUACAAAGCAUGAAUUGUAAGAGUAGUAGACGGGAAGAAAAGUGAAAACAAGACUGGCUUUCUCGUUGAUUAAUUUAUGCUAUGGGUUCUGCAUCAGGCAAAGUAUAAGCAAUUCUUUAUUGAA